AUGUUCUGCAAAUGUGGUACAUACUUUUCGGGUGACUCAAUCUGCACUGUGUGCAAAUCAAGACCCGUCAAGAAAUCAAUAACAUAUGAAAAGUACUACACGCUCAAACCAAAGGUGAACACGGAUGAUAGAGGUGCAAUGAUUGCGCAGGUUUGUGCUAAGUGUGGCAGUGAGAAGAUGUACUAUAAGGCGGUGCAACUACGCAGUGCUGAUGAGGGGCAGACCAUCUUCUACGAAUGUAAAUGCGGGUAUAAAAUGACAGUUCAUUCGUGAAGUGGUGAAGGGAUCCUUUGGCUGAAUACAACUGCCAGAUGAUUUAUCAGGGUACACAAUAUAUAAAAUUUUG